UUUUUUCUUAGCCUCUCUUUUAUUUAUUUUAAUAUAUAUAUAUAUAUAAUCAUUCAUUCUUAUUAUUACCCCACUUGUAUUAUUUAUUGGUUGUUGGUUAUCAAUAUCAUGUAUGUCAUCUUCUGACACCGAUCUCUGCCACCACCCUUUUGCAUGCCCUUCUUCUUCCUUUAUAACGAUUUGUGAUUUGUGAUUUGUGAUUCAUCAACUCUUGUGUCGUUUAUUGAGAUCUAGCUCGUCCUUCUGUUCGACACGUAGUUUGUUUCGGGGUGUUUGUCACCCUGCCGAACCCAUUAUUGAAACUUGUCAAAUGGGUUUUUGAAGAUUUAGAUUUGUUGUGAAAAGUUGAACACUUUUUGUCACAAGUUUGGCUUUUGGGGUGUUGAGAAGGUUGUGAAUUUUCUUGUUGUUUAUUGUUUCAAUGGGGUGUUUGGAUGAUGGGCGUUUCGCUGUUGAGAUUGAAAAUGGAGUGAGUGUUGGUCGUGGUGAAGUGGGUUUGGGGAAUGAAGGUGGUGGUGUCAUUGAAGAUGCUGUGAAGGUUUUGUUGGAGGGUCUAGGGGAAGAUGUAAACAGGGAGGGUCUUAGAAAGACACCACUUCGUGUUGCCAAGGCCCUUCGUGAAGGAACUAAAGGUUACAGACAAAAGGUGAAGGACAUAGUUCAAGGUGCUUUAUUCCCUGAAGCUGGACUAGAAAAUAGAGUUGGUCAUGCAGGUGGAGCAGGUGGACUUGUGAUUGUUCGAGAUCUUGACUUGUUUUCCUAUUGUGAGUCCUGCUUGCUUCCAUUCCAAGUCAAGUGCCACGUGGGCUAUGUCCCCUCUGGUGAAAGAGUUGUUGGUUUAAGCAAGCUCUCUCGUGUGGCUGAUGUAUUUGCAAAACGGCUUCAAGAGCCUCAGCGUCUGGCAGAUGAGGUUUGUUCUGCUUUGCAUCAGGGAAUAAAGCCAGCAGGUGUUGCUAUCAUACUUCAAUGUACACACAUCCACUUUCCAGACAUUGAAUCGGUCUUUCUUGACACAAAGCACCAAGGAUGGAUGAAGGUACUUGUUUCCUCAGGUUCUGGGGUUUUUGAGAACAAAACUGCUGGUGUAUGGGCUGAUUUCUUUAGUCUUCUUAAAUUUAGAGGCAUCAAUAUGGAUAAAAUUCAUUUUAGAGGACCAUCUGAUCCAUGCUGGUGUCCUUCCCAGUCCUCUCUUUCUUCCAAAGUUUCCUCCAAAUUUGGACCAGUCAAUCCUGUAAUGAUCACUGCAGUAGCUUCAAUUAUUGAAUCUUUGGGAGAAGAUCCUUUGAGGGAGGAGCUCAUAGGGACUCCCAGUAGAUUUGUGAAAUGGUUGAUGAACUUUCAAAAUAGUAACUUUGAUAUGAAGCUGAAUGGUUUUCUUUGUGGUGGAAGUGUCAAUGAGGAGGUUAACUUCAACAACAAAAAAAUAUCCUCUGAGCUGAACAUACCAUUUUGGUCACAAUGUGAGCAUCAUUUGCUUCCAUUUCAUGGUGUUGUUCACAUAGGAUACCUCAUGUCUGACGGAUUCAAUCCUAUCGGAAAAUCACUUCUACAAUCAAUAGUACAUUUUUAUGGUUUCAAGCUCCAAGUUCAGGAAAGGCUUACCAGGCAGAUAGCUGAAACCAUUUCCCCACUGUUAGGUGGAGAUGUGAUAGUAGUUGUAGAGGCAAGCCACACAUGUAUGAUUUCUAGGGGAAUUGAGAAGUUUGGAAGUAGUACAGCUACUAUUGCUGUGUUAGGACGUUUUUCAACCGAUCCUACUGCAAGGGCUUCAUUCUUGCAGAGUAUUCCUAGUCCUACAUCAUCUGGGGAGCAAUGACUCUUGUUUUAGCUCACAUGAAAUAAUUUAGCACUAGUUAAGAUCAUUUUGCACUUUGAAAUUUCAGACCUGCAAAGUUUCAGUUACUCAAAUUGUUUCAGUAACAUAUAUAGAGUCAGAAACUGUGUCAUGAUUGAUAGUCACAUCGUUAUCUGUGUCUUCUCGAGUCUUUUACAUGAUCAUUACAACAAAUCCCUAAGAAAUUUGGCUUGGAUUCGUCCAGAUUUACAUACUGGCAGACUGCUCCUAGAAUUUUAAUGAUGUUAGUCUACCCUGAAAGUUAUUCUUGAUGUUAAAGUCAGAAUACAUGUUAUAAAUUCUUAUUACUUUGUAUGAAGACUCAGCGUACCACUUGUUUUACAUGCUAAAGGCUAUAGUGCUUGGUUAGGUAUUCUAUUGGCGGAAUGGAGAUCCUAUUGAUUCCUCAGCAAGUAUAUCAAGUUGUUCAAGUAACAAGGGGUGAGUAUUAGGAUUGUUCUACACGGAUUGAACUCAAGCAAUGAAGCAACUGUUAUUGUUGGGAUGCAAGUAAAGUCCUCCCAAUGCUCAACAGUUAUUUCAUUAAUGUAAUACUACUUAAGCAACCUUCAUCAAUUUAAAAUAAGAGUUGAAUUGUUAUUUUUA